GACUCCAAUAUCGCCUUCCAAUCCAACGAUGAAGUCCAAUUCAGCAUACAAAAGAAAUAUCUUAAAAUCGCCACCGGCAGCCUUUCCCCACCUUCAUCUUCAUCAUUAGACAGCGACGUCGUCUUCUUGCUCGAAUCCGCGGAGACGCUCAAAAUUCUCUUCGGCUUUAUAUAUCCUCGUCGACAUCCGAGUCUUCUCGAUGUUGAGUUUGGAGUGUUGCAGGAUGUGGCGGAGGCGGCGGAGAAGUAUAAGGUUUAUGCGGCGAUGAAUCAUUGUCAAAUGUGCAUGACCCAACGCGUCGCAGAAUAUGGGCCUGAAGUCGCCGUAUACGCAGCCAAACAUGGUUAUCUGUCGCUCCUGGACUCCGCGGCGCCACACGCUCUCAAAAUCUCUCUCGGAGAAAUGGCAGAUCUUCUCCCUCCACAUCUCCUCGCAUCAUGGGUAAGUAAACAUCGUCCACAACCUACAACUGGAACGAAGGCCGAGCUCACAUUUAUAUGUUCGCCAUGA